AUGCACCCGACUACAAGCUCGAAUAGUCUGUCUACAUGGCUACAGGUCGGCCUCGUCAAACAAGGACUGCCCAACAAGCUGGUAUUCAAGAAACCAUGCUUUCCUUCACCCGUCAUCGUCGUCCAACGGUUCCAACACUCCAACAACCUCUCCAACCUUCUCCAUGAAACCCUUUCACUCCUUAUCUUACACCCAGCACAGCUCUACCCGGAAACACCAACUCGCGCCCCGGCCUCCGUAUCUGCACCGUACCUCGAUAACCCAUGGGCACCCGAGCCGCAAGGUCCUCUCAGUCCUCUGCAAACACCCGCUCAUUUUCCACCAGCUGAAAGCACUUACCUGAGGACUGGAACGUACCAACCCACAGGUUUCCAUACCCCGGUUCCUCUCUCUCCGGCUCUUCCAACUGUUCUUGAACAAAUGGAGACGGAAAGCACGGAUCAUUCGGGAAGUGAACCUGCCGAAAUUCGUUUCCUUCAGAACCAAACUCAGCUCACGGAAGCCAUCCACCUCAUGGCCAGGAACAUGUUGAAUAUGCCCAUGAUGCAGCCGCGUCAAGAGCUGACUCCUCGGCCCAAGUUGAAGGCUCCGGAUGUGUUCGACGGUACAAGCGCCCAAAAGUUGGAUCCCUUCCUCGUCCAGUGCAUGAUGUAUAUUUUGCUCCGGCCCCACAAGUUCACCACCGAAGACUCCAAGGUCGGCUUCAUUAUGUCGUACUUAUCCGGCUCCCCCUACAACUGGUUCCAAUCACAAAUCACUGCCGCCCUCGAAACCGGUAUGACCCAGCCGCUUCCGUGGCUUUCGGAUGUUGCGCUCUUCGUUCAGGAGCUCAAGCAACUUUUCGGCCCACGAGAUCCGGUUGCGGAUGCCGUUAACCACCUCGAGAAUCUCACCUUCCGAGACUCCGGCAAAGCAACGCGAUACACCUUGGAAUUCAACCAGUAUGCGGGUCGCACAGGAUGGAACGAACGAGCCCUUUAUCAUCAGUACUACAAAGGACUUCCGAACCGGAUCAAGGAUGAAUUUCCUCGUAUGGGCAAGCCAACCACCCUCAUUAGUUUGCAGCGAACCGCCCAAGAACUCGAUCAUCGCUAUUGGGAGCGCCAAAACGAGAUCAAUCGCGAAAAGCGCAAAGACAACGCCAACGGCAAGUCCGGCACCAGCAACAACAACAGCAGCAACAACUCCGGCUCAUCAAACUCCAAAGGCAACUCAGCCGGGUCGUCUUCCGGCUCCGGCUCUUCGAACUCCAAGUCCGGCUCCAACUCCAGCAACAACAGCAAGGAUAAGGAUAAGUCAAAAUCCAAAGGCUCUUCUUCGGAUAAGCCAAAUCCUCUGGCUGACAAGUUGGGUGCCGACGGAAAGCUCAAGCCCGAGGAACGUGAACGCCGGCUCAAGGGAGGCCUCUGCCUCUUCUGCGGCAAAGCUGGCCAUGUUGCUUCCGACUGUCGCAAGCGUAACUCCGCCAAAGGUCGCGCCUCGUCUACUACGGCCGCUCCUCCUUACACCGCUUCCGCACCUGCCGCUCCGGCUGUGAAGGACACUAAGUCCGGAACAGCAAAAGAGCCUUUUACAUUCUUUCCGACGUCUUCCGCAAUCCGAGGCUCUUCCGAGUCUAUCGGGCCGUUCGGCUUCCGCCUUACCGCCCACUCCAGUCAUUGCCGAGUCACUUCCAGUCCCUCCUAUUCCCAGCCUACUCCUUCCCUUCCUUAUGAACCUUCUCCCAAACCAUCCACUCCCUUGCCUCACGUUUCCCUCAUCAAUGCAGUCGCCUUCGCAUGCGCCUGCCGUCUUCCGGGGUCAGUCUUGUUCCAACUGGCCCUAUCCGGCGACGGUUCGGUCUCGGCUCGCUCUUUGGCUACCGACAACCCGGAACCCGUCGACCUCUCUUCCGUCCCGGAAGACUACCACGAAUUUCCGGACGUGUUCAGCAAAUCCAAGGCCGACACCCUCGCACCUCAUCAUCCCUAUGACCUCAAGAUCGACCUCGAGGAAGGUGCCGAGCCGCCCCUCGGCCGGAUGUAUUCUCUCUCCCCUACCGAACUUCAAGCCUUGGUUCCUGGAAGAGAAUACUACUUGAUCCAAAUCCUCUUCGUUCGGAAGAAGGACGGCUCUCUUCGGCUCUGUGUUGACUACCGCGGCCUUAACAAAGUCACCAAGAAGGACCGCUAUCCCCUCCCGCUCAUCUCCAACCUGUUGGACGCUCCCGGCAAAGCCAAGGUUUUCACCAAGAUCGACCUUUGGCACCUACCACCUGGUCAGAAUCGCGGAUGGCGACGAAUGGAAAACCACGUUCCGGACCCGCUACGGCUCCGAUUCAUGAACGACAUCUUCUCGGAUCUCAUCGAUAUUUCGGUUAUCGUCUACCUGGACGACAUUCUCAUUUACUCUUCAGAUCUCGCCUCACACAAGGAACAUGUCAAGGAAGUGCUCCGACGUCUUCGGAAGCAUGGACUUUACGCCUGGCCUGACAAGUGCGAAUGGCACGCCGAUCGUGUUGAGUACCUCGGCUAUAUUCUUUCGGCUGACGGUCUCUCCAUGGCGGCAGACAAGGUCAAGAUCAUCCAGGACUGGCCCGAGCCACGGAAAGUCAAGGACAUUCAGUCCUUCCUCGGCUUCGCCAAUUUUUAUAGACGGUUCAUUUACAAUUAUUCCGACAUCUGCGUUCCUCUCACCCGGCUCACUCGGAAAGGUGUUCCCUUCAAGUUUUCUGAUGAAGCCUGGGAAUCGUUCAACUACCUCAAGAAAGCCUUCACUACGGCUCCUGUCCUCACCCAAUGGAUUCCGGAUCGGCCCAUCAUCCUCGAAACCGACGCUUCCGACUAUGCCCUCGCUGCUAUCCUCUCUAUCGAGCUGACCAAUGGAGAAAUCCAACUGAACUCAACUAUGAUGUCCACGACAAGGAACUUUUCGCAAUCUAUGAAUCGUUCCGGAUCUGGCGGCACUACCUGGAAGGCUCUGGCACUCCCAUCGACGUUGUUACCGACCACAAGAACCUUGAAGGGAGGUAGCGACUACGCCACUGUCAACCCCCACAACUUCCGUCCAGUAUUUACCCAGGAACAGCUGGCUACGUCCCUCCGAGCGUCAACUCUGAUCACACCCUCUCUGCGUGGAGCUAUCACCCUCGACAUCGAAAAGCUUCAUGCCGACAUCCGAGAAGCCCUUCCGAACGAUCCAAUCUCUGCCGCUCAACUUCCAGCACCCUCUGACACCAAGUUCACUCUCUCCCCUGACGGCCUACUACUUCUCAACGAUCGUAUCUUUGUUCCGGACGUUAACAACUUGCGGAUCCGUGUGUUGCAAACCAAGCACGAUCAUCCGUUAGCCAGUCACUUCGGCCAGAACAAGACUCUCAAAUUGGUCUGA